CGUGCCUCCCGUCAACUCCCAAUUGAUGGCAACUUAAUUUUUUUCUGCAAAGCCAAUCCGACUAUUAGACGCCAUGGCGAAUUUAGAGUUGGCGCUUGUCAUUGCGUUUUAUGCAUACCCGGUUAUCCUUUUUAUAACCUUAUUUGCAGCGCAAUCGAUCCAAUUCUACGCCAGUCGCCUGCGGCCCCGGGCAUCCGAGCUUGAUGCUGAGCAAACGCGAACAGCAAACAACACGCGACGGAUUUAUUCGCGAAUCAUAUGGCUUCUCCAGCUGGCAGUCAGUGCGCUACUGCUUUCUAGCAUUAUAGUUGUUGUCUAUCAGGCAAUUGCUAUCCAAGAUACCUCUAAAUCCUUCCCAUUCCCGUUCAGCGCGUACUUGGCUUCCUAUGUCGGAGUCUUCCUCUAUUUCCUAGCCGGCUUGCUCCCCGAUCCAGAAGGCCCAUGGUCUCCAACACCUGCGCAUGCCUGGCCCUGGGCUACGGCCUCGCUCACCGAAGCUGUCAUUGCCGGAGUCCUCUGCUCGGCCCGAUCAUCCAUGCGAUUACAAAAAUCUUUUAUCGAAACUCUGAACGGUCUCGGCUAUUCUCGAAUCGCGGUGUUCGUGCUCAUGAUUAGCGCCCUCGUCUUACAAGAAUACAAGUUGAAGCCAGCAGAGCCCAAGUCAACACCCGAAGAGCGCCAGUCGCUUCUGGAGAACGGAAAUGGCACGUCUGGAAGCUACGCCAGCAUUGAAGCACCUGCGCCUGAGACCAAGGAUAAAGCGAAACGAAUCCAAGUCUCCGGAAUGGGCUGGUUCGACUACUUUGCUGGAUUCCGCGUCUUAUUCCCAUACUUGUGGCCCAAGGACUCUCCAAUUCAUCAAGCCACUGUCGUUGUAUGCAUGCUUAUCUUGAUGCUUCAGCGCGUUGUCAAUUUCAUGACUCCCUUGCAGCUCGGAGACCUCGUUGACUCUCUUGGUGAGGGUCGUCUGCCAUACAGAGAAAUUAUUCUCUUUCUUAUCUACAGAGCUCUGCAGGGCAACCAAGGUGUCCUGGGUGCCACCAGAGCCGUUCUCUGGAUCCCGGUAUCCCAGUCACUCUUUCGCAGGAUGUCUUGCGCCGCAUUUGAACACGUCUUGGGGCUCUCGUUGGAGUUUCACCUGAACAAAAAGGUCGGCGAAGUGACUAGUGCCUUGAGUCGCGGAUCGGCAAUCAACACUUUCCUUGAGGGCUUUUGCUUCCAAAUGUUCCCCAUGGUGUUUGACAUUUUCAUCGCUGGCGUCAUCUUCUUUGUCAAGUACGAUGCCUUUUACACCAUCAUUGUAUUCUUUGUCAUGUGGUCGUACAUCUUCCUUACUAUCUAUCUUGCCAAAUACCGUGGCAAGCAACGAAGAGAUAUGGCUACCAAAGCACGUGAAAUGGAGGCUGUCAAGACGGAUGCUCUAGUCGCGUUCGAGACCGUGCAACAUAACUGUGCAGUACCUCGCGAAGCCGAACGAUACCAAGGAUACGUCCGUACCUACCAAAAGGCAGAGCGCCUUGUACAGUUGUCCCUCAAUGGUCUUAAUCUGACGCAAAGCUCCAUCUUCAGCUUGGGAACGGCCUUGCUGGUUGCCGUCUCUGCAUACAAAAUCAGCAUUGGCAAACAAACUGUGGGCGACUUUGUCACCUUAAUCAACUACUUCGCCCAACUACAGGGCCCUCUCAACUUUUUCGGAACAUACUACACCAUGGUGCAGAAUAACCUCAUCGAAGCCGAGCGCGUGCUCGACCUGUUCAAAGAGCAACCCGGAGUUGUCGAGAAACCCCACGCCAUCAAACUUCCGUCUCCACGAGGAGAGGUCGCCUUCAACAAUGUCAAAUUUCGAUACGCUGGCAAGGAUGGAAACCCGACACUCGACGGCAUAAGCUUUACAGUGGCCCCUGGUACGAAGACCGCCAUCGUUGGAGGAUCUGGUGCCGGAAAGUCAACCUGCUUGAAACUGCUCUAUCGCUUUUACGACGUCUCUGAUGGCUCCAUUACUGUCGACGGCCAUGAUCUCAAGGAUUUGACGCUCGACAGCCUACGAACGAAUAUCGGAGUCGUGCCACAGGAUACAGUCCUGUUCAACGCCACGAUCAUGUACAACUUGCUCUACGCCAACCCCAACGCUACCGAGGCCGAUGUCCACCAGGCUUGCAAAGCAGCGAAUAUCCACGAUUCUAUCCUUGCAUUCUCGGAUGGAUACGAAACCAAGGUUGGAGAACGUGGUCUCAAGCUAUCCGGUGGCGAACGCCAACGCAUCGCUAUUGCGCGAGCCAUCCUGAAGAAUGCACCCAUUCUCCUCUUGGAUGAGGCUACUUCCUCGUUGGAUUCUCACACGGAGCGAGAGAUUCAGAACGCGCUCGAGCAUGUUACUAGCGGACGAACUACCAUCACCAUUGCCCAUCGCCUGUCGACCAUCACCACCUCUGAUCAAAUCGUGGUGCUUCACCAGGGCAAGGUUGUCGAAAAGGGUACACAUGAGGAGCUGUUGGCACUUGAAGGGAAGUACAGGGCUAUGUGGGAGAAGCAGACGAGGGCUGCUGAGGAGAAGAAGGAGAAACCCGACGAUAGUUCAUCCACGACGGAAUCGGAGUAGGGCGCAUCGCGUGUGUGCGUUUUUCAACAUAUUCACAAUUCAUUUUUUUGUAUUUAUUAUCCGAAAAAUCUAGGUUUUUAUUAGGCAAAGCAAAAUACAUCGUUGACCCUUGUUUCUUAUCGCAA